GACCACCCUUAAUCUUUCGAGGAUCUCGUUCUUUCUGCCUGCCAUAGCGGCAAGCCCCUCGGAGAAAGUGCGGUUCUUUCUCCUUAUCACCUGCUGCAUCCCCCUAACCAGCAGGGAUUGCAGUACCUUAUCUUUCCACUUCCAGGCGUGUCUGAAGACCUGGCACCAAAGUGACCAGGAGGCAGAGAACUUCAGAGGAGUCUGGUCCUGGGCUGCCCAUGGGUGAGUGAGUGGGAAGGUCCGGGACUGCAGACUGGUGGCGAUGACCACUCUCCCAGCAGCAGAAACCUGGACAGACGGCGGUGGAGGCGUGGGUGCGGACGCUGGGAACCUGACUGCCUCGCUAGCUGCCGGGGCGGCCAGGGGGGCAGUUGAGACUGGGUGGCUGCAACUGCUGGUCCAAGCUGGCAACCUCUCCUCCUCCAACUCCGUGCUGGCUUCCCCCGCGCCCUCCCAGCCCCAGGCCAACCUCACCAACCAGUUCGUGCAGCCGUCCUGGCGCAUCGCGCUCUGGUCCCUGGCGUAUGGGGUGGUGGUGGCAGUGGCCGUUUUUGGAAAUCUCAUCGUCAUCUGGAUCAUCCUGGCCCACAAGCGCAUGAGGACUGUCACCAACUACUUCCUUGUGAACCUGGCUUUCUCCGACGCCUCCAUGGCCGCCUUCAACACGUUGGUCAAUUUCAUCUACGCGCUUCAUAGCGAGUGGUACUUCGGCGCCAACUACUGCCGCUUCCAGAACUUCUUUCCUAUCACAGCUGUGUUCGCCAGCAUCUACUCCAUGACGGCCAUUGCGGUGGACAGGUAUAUGGCUAUUAUUGAUCCCUUGAAACCCAGACUGUCUGCCACAGCAACGAAGAUUGUCAUUGGAAGUAUUUGGAUUCUAGCAUUUCUACUUGCCUUCCCUCAAUGUCUAUAUUCCAAAACCAAAGUCCUGCCAGGUCGUACUCUCUGCUUUGUGCAAUGGCCAGAAGGUCCCAAACAACAUUUCACUUACCAUGUUGUCGUCAUUAUACUGGUGUACUGUUUCCCAUUGCUCAUCAUGGGAAUCACAUACACCAUUGUUGGAAUUACUCUCUGGGGAGGAGAAAUCCCAGGAGAUACCUGUGACAAGUAUCAUGAGCAGCUAAAGGCCAAAAGAAAGGUUGUCAAAAUGAUGAUUAUUGUCGUCAUGACAUUUGCCAUCUGCUGGCUGCCCUAUCAUAUUUACUUCAUUCUCACUGCAAUCUAUCAACAACUAAAUAGAUGGAAAUACAUCCAGCAGGUCUACCUGGCUAGCUUUUGGCUGGCAAUGAGCUCAACCAUGUAUAAUCCCAUCAUCUACUGCUGUCUGAAUAAAAGAUUCAGAGCUGGCUUCAAGAGAGCAUUUCGCUGGUGUCCGUUCAUCGAAGUUUCCAGCUAUGAUGAGCUAGAGCUCAAGACCACCAGGUUUCAUCCAACCCGGCAAAGCAGUAUGUACACUGUGACCAGGAUGGAGUCCAUGACAGUGGUGUUUGACCCCAGCAAUGCAGACAACACCAAGUCCAGUCAGAAAAAAAGAGCAACGCCAAGAGACCCAAGCUUCAAUGGCUGCUCCCGCCGGAAUUCCAAAUCUGCCUCCACCACUUCAAGUUUCAUAAGCUCACCCUAUACCUCUGUGGAUGAAUAUUCUUAAUUCCAUUUUCUGAGGUGAAAGAUGAGGCCAUCAUCAUGCCAGCCUAGGACCCCAUUCUCCUACUUAUUAGUCCUGUCCUAUAUACUCUCUAGAAACAGAAGGCAAUUUUUGGCAGCUAUAGUCAAACUGAGAAAGGCAGGAUAUAAAGGUGACAAAGACACUAAUAAAAUCUUAGUUUUCACACAAAAUAAAAUGGGCUUUAAAUUUAUUAUUUUAAAACUCUAAAUUAUUAUAUGGAACAAACAAAAAUAUGUCUGAAAAAUACUUAUGAACUCUCCAGUCUAUCUCAUUUACAAAUUGCAAUAUACAUUUGUGACAUUAAAAUAACAUAUAGCUUUUCCAAGAGAUUAAAGAUCAUUUAAAAUGUAAUAUUGUAAAUUAAGGAAAACAAAAUCUAUAUAAAAUGGACAUUUUGCCUAGAGAAAUAAAGUGGGAGAAAAAAAGGUAAAUGACUCAUUUUCCCACUACAGUAAUGGAAAAUUAACCUCAAGAAGUAGGAACUGAAAAUCUUUGCUAAAGAAAACUCAUUUUGUAGAAUGUAAAAGUUUAAGGAUUUAAAGAUUUCUUACAUGGCAUUGAACUGAAAAGAAAAUCUAAUUAAAUCAUUAGGCAAAUGUACAUGUCAUUCUCUUGAUAAUUUUUUCUGAGAAAGUAAAAUUUGUAAAAAUUAUAUACUUUUGACCAUUACAUAGUUUUAAAUGCCAAGCUAAAAAGUAGUCAAAGUUAGGACCUUAAAAAAUAUAAAGGGCCGGGCGCGGUGGCUCACGCCUGUAAUCCCAACACUUUGGGAGGCCGAGGCGGG